UGGUGAGGUAGGACGACAUAUUGGCUGUGACUUGUUCGCACAUACAAGGUUAUUCUCGUCAUUGGAAAUGGCUCUGGCCGCUCAGAAAGCUCUGUUAGAUGAGCUAAUGGGUAAAAACAGAAAUGCUUGUAAUGGUGAGAGCUCUGGUGGUCCACAUUGGUCUGACGAUGAUGUAUGCAAGUUUUAUUUGUGUGGGUUUUGUCCUCAUGAUUUAUUUGUCAAUACAAAGACGGAUUUGGGUCAGUGUCCUAAAUCUCAUGAUGAGCGCAUGAGAGAAUCGUAUAAAAAGAGUUCUCGUUUUGGAAAGAUGGGGUACGAGCAAGAUUUUGUUCACUAUCUUACCCAGCUUUUGGAGGAUGUUGAAAAAAGAAUUCGGCGAGGACAUGAGCGAUUGGCAGUCAAUAAAUGUGUUAACAAUCCAGACCCGAUCGGAGCCAGUGAAAAGAAAGAAAAAAUUGCUGCGCUCACCAAAAGAAUUAAUGACCUGGUGAAACAAGCUGAGGAAUUGGGAACUGAAGGAAAGGUUGAUCAAGCACAGGGAGUUCUUAAAUUGUGUGAACAGCUAAAAUUUGAGCGAUCACAGCUCGAGGGUGACGCGCGUCCUGGAAUGACUCAGACUAAAGAGUUGGAAGUCUGUGAGAUUUGUGGAGCCUUCAGAAUCAAAGACGAUGCACCUCAACGAGUUGAAGAGCAUUUGUCUGGUAAAAUGCACCUUGGCUACGCGAAAAUUCGUGACUAUUUAAGACAAUACAGUGAGAAGCAUUCGAAUUCCUCUUCUCGUUAUGGACGACGGGAUAAACGAUCUCCAGCUGAUCGCUCUCCUAUUUCUCGGGAUCGUGAUCGUCGUCGCAGCCGUGGUAGGAGUGUAGAGCGAAAGUACGUUCUUUUUUCUAAACGUAAGCUGUGGUUAGUAGUAUCACAGUUCCCCGAUGAAUUAAUGUGAUUCGAUUGGAAUAAUUUAAAAAGGUACUUAUUGCAGAUUUUAAUUCCGCUUAUUAGGUAAUUUUGGAGUCAUCGUCUAUUGCGGAGGCAAUCGAUUCCACAAGGUAUAUUUACUUUUAAAGCCCAAAGUAGUUUAUUUAAAAUAGAUUGUAAAGUUCGAUUAAGAUAUACGCAAGGUGAAUUUUUAGGUAUUUUUCACUAUUAUCUCUAAUUGUUUUUGUCCAUUUUUCAGUUGCUAUUUUGUUCUUGUUUAUUUUCUCAGUUCUCAUCUACACUCCAAUGCUUCCCGACAUGGUCGCCACGAAAGUGGUGGCAGUCGGUUUAGAUCCAGACAUGAUUUUCGGGAUGAAAGGCGGAGAUUUGGUAGAUCUAGAUCCAGUUCACGUUCGCGAAAACUCUACGAUCGUCACCGUUACGACCACUCAUCCUCUUCAAAGUCCACGAAGCGCAAUACUUCACCAUUCAGUGCCGCCCGACGUCCUCCCGAGGGUGCUGAAGAUUACUAACUUCUCAGUCCAACCUAUUUGUUAGAACAUUGUACAUAUAUUUCAGAUAAGUUUUCUGUUUACGCGAUAAUAAGACCUUAAUUCAUGUUUGUUUCCACUUAGCAUUGAUUUGUCAAAUACAGAAAUUAAUGCAA